AUGGAGUCUCACUCCACGUUGGCCGUCGCCAUGAACAGGCUCGGUGGCAAGUCCAACACUGGAGAGGGUGGUGAGGAUCCUGAGCGAUCUCAGCGCAUGGCCAACGGAGACACCAUGCGCUCUGCCAUCAAGCAGAUCGCCUCCGGACGUUUCGGUGUCACCUCCAACUACCUUGCCGACUCGGAUGAACUCCAGAUCAAGAUGGCCCAGGGUGCCAAGCCUGGUGAAGGUGGUGAGCUGCCUGGCCACAAGGUUUCCAAGUCCAUUGCCCGCACUCGUCACUCCACCCCCGGUGUCGGUCUCAUCUCGCCCCCACCCCACCACGACAUUUACUCCAUUGAGGAUCUGAAGCAGCUCAUUUACGAUCUCAAGUGCUCUGCUCCUCGCUCGCGCGUUUCCGUCAAGCUGGUGUCCGAGGUCGGCGUCGGCAUCGUGGCAUCCGGUGUCGCCAAGGCCAAGGCCGACCAUGUCCUCAUUUCGGGCCACGACGGUGGUACUGGUGCCUCGCGCUGGACCGGUAUCAAGUACGCCGGUCUGCCCUGGGAGCUUGGUCUUGCCGAGACCCACCAGACGCUAGUCCUUAACGACCUCCGUGGACGUGUCGUCGUCCAGACCGACGGUCAACUGAGGACCGGCCGCGACAUCGCCAUCGCCUGUCUACUCGGUGCGGAAGAAUGGGGCUUCGCGACAGCUCCCCUGAUCGCCAUGGGCUGUAUUAUGAUGCGCAAAUGCCACUUGAAUACUUGCCCUGUGGGUAUUGCUACUCAGGAUCCUGAGUUGCGCAAGAAGUUCACCGGUACGCCCGAGCAUGUGAUCAACUUUUUCUACUAUCUGGCCAACGAGCUGCGUGCCAUCAUGGCCCGCCUUGGCUUCCGUACCAUCAACGAGAUGGUUGGCCACGCCGAGGUCCUCAAGGUCCGCGACGACCUUCGCAACAGCAAGACGCAGAACAUUGACCUGUCUCUGUUGCUUACCCCGGCCCACAAGCUGAGGCCCGGUGUCGCCACCUUCAACGUCCGCAAGCAGGACCACAAGCUGCACGUCCGCCUCGACAACAAGCUCAUCUCCGAGGCCGAACUCACGCUUGACAAGGGUCUUCCCUCGAGGAUUGAGUGCGACAUUAUCAACACCGACCGUGCCAUGGGCACGUCGCUGUCAUACCACAUCUCCAAGCGCUAUGGCGAGGCCGGUCUGCCCCUAGACACCGUGCACGUCAACAUCAAGGGUUCCGGUGGUCAGUCUUUCGGUGCCUUCCUGGCUCCCGGUGUCACUCUUGAGCUCGAGGGUGACUCGAACGAUUAUGUCGGAAAGGGCCUGUCCGGUGGCCGUCUGAUCGUGUACCCUCCCCGCAACGCCGUUUUCAAGGCCGAGGAGAACAUCAUCAUUGGUAACACCUGCCUCUACGGUGCCACCAGUGGUAGCUGCUUACUUCCGCGGUGUCGCUGCCGAGCGUUUUGCCGUCCGCAACUCCGGAGCUACCGCUGUUGUCGAGGGUGUCGGUGA